AUGGAGAACCCUUCUGCCCUCAGCCCAGCCCAAGCAGCCGACUUAACUGUCAUUGCCCAGAUGUUGAACAACUCCACCCUGGCCAGCCUGGCUCUUGGGGUUGUGAAGAACUUUAAAAACUAUGGCUCGCUCCGUGAAUAUUUGUCCAGGCUCAAAGGCCCUCCCUGCAAGAGUUACAAGCCCGCAGAAAUCUUGUCUAUGUGUCAAGGACCUUCCCCACUGGCUGCUCUCACCCCUGAAAGCCAGCAAGAGCUUUUGGACAAUGUAUUUCUCUUCCUCAAGAAAGGAGGAGGUUCAAUGGACUCCUCUCAGUGGAACGAAGUCUACCACCUUUUGCUCUCCAACUUCCUACCGACUCUGGGGACAUCCCGCCACCCCCAAUCAUCCUCCAAGGCAACAUGUGAACUCUUCCAUUCCACAAUGAAGGAGAUCGUCGCACUUCACCCCAGCCUUACUAAACGGCAGGAAGAACUUGCAGGGGUCAAAAGCCUUUGCCUCCUGGGUGAUCAUCAACCCAAACCCACAGCAGCAACACAAAUCCCUGGAAGAACUGCCAAUCACCCCCCUGGAGGUGCCAAAACUCAGAACGUUGCAAAUGUCACAGGUGAUGCCCCUGGGCAAUCUGCGUCUCGCAGUCCUGGAGAUGCCACCACUCUUCCAACCGAGGUCCCUGCAGCUGCCACAGGGGCCAUCCAGGGAGGUGCUUCAACCCUCUUCCCUGGGAGAGAGGCUGGAGGCAUCUCUGGCAGUGCCCGAACUCUCCACCCAGGAGGCAACACAGGAUGGAUGGCUGGAUGGUCUGCAUCUUGCACUUCGAGACAGACUACCACUCCCACCCUUGGAAGUGCCAUAGGCAAUACCCCUGACGUCACAAGAAGCACCACAAGCAGCGUCCCUGCUGCUCCUACAACACACACCCCUGAGAGUGCUAUGGGCCACAUCCCUGGAAAUUCCACAGGCAUCAUCCCUGGUGGUGGUACAACUCACAUCCCUGGAGGCACAACCAGCAACGUUACUAGAGGAGCCUCAACUCAAGUCCCUGGUGGAGCAACAGGCAACACCACUGGUGGUGGUGCAAUUGACCUCCCUGGUGGAGCAACAAGCAACAUCCCUGGUAGUUCUGCAACUCACAUCCCGGGAGCUACUGAAACUUCAGUUCAUGGAAGCUCAAACAGCAACAUUCCUGGAAGCACUACAGCUCCCGUUCCUGGAAGGGAUACAGCAUACAGUCAGCGUAUCCCGGGAGCAACUUCUGUCGCUGCUGGCAAUACAACUCACAACCCUGGAAAUGUCUCUGGAGGUGCCCCUGCAUAUGCAUGGACUCACCCAGUCCUAUUUUUCGCCUGCCUUCUCCUCCCUUGCUUUAUUGUAACCAUUUCCCCAUAGUGCACCUCUGUUUCACAACCCACCUGCAAAUUUGCCUAAAUAAGAGACACUCUUUGGAAUCAGACUACAGUGUUGUGUAUCAGUGCCUUUCCAGAUUAACUGAUAGCAGUUUUCUAGCAUCCUGCUACUCUGGAAUCUUGAAUUUGUUGUGUUUGAUUACACAGAAUAUAUUUAUCAUGCAAUAAAUCAUCCGUCCAGCCAAUGGUGCACAUCAAAGUA